AUGUCUACGCCUUCAAAUGAAAUAUCUAAUGUCUCAACAUCAACGACUUUGCGCACUGCCAAACAAAAACUAUUGGCUGAGCGAGCUGCCAAUAAAGAUGCCAAAAAACGCAAGGAUUGCCCGUUGAAAACGGAUGAUGAUCAAAACUGCCCAGAAUGUGCCUUUACAAAGGAUGGACCUGACCAAUGGUUACACUGCCAUUGUGGAAACUCGGUCAAAAUGAUACACGGUAGGAUUCACUAUGCCAAAGCCCAUUGGGAGUCAAUAACUUGUAAGACAGCAACAGCAAAGCUUCGACGGGCUGUAGAUCGACCAAAAAGUCUUAAUAGUUCAAACAACCAGCCACAAGUUUUUGACGUCCGAUGUGCAGGCCUGACUGACAAGACAUGGCUGCGUCCAGGUCAACAACCUAUAUUGACAUGUAUCCAGCAUUCCUGCACGGCUUAUCACGGAUAUCCACCGAGGUUUACUAAGAGCUCUUGUCGCUUUCCACAUGGAUCAUCAGGCGUGAUGGAAGUCAGGGUUCGAUUCAUUCCACCAAAUGUACACAGCGAGUUUCAACCCUCGAUUCUGGGGCUGUUGAGAGCUGGCGACCUAGAGUUCUGGACAACUUUUGGUGUCCACGCCCGGGCUGGACUGUUUAAAGAUGUCCCAAUGCUUCGAGCAGUAGCAGAGGGAGUUGCCAUUCGGGCUGAAAGGGAAGCAAAAGGCUUAACAACUCGUGGAAUGCCAUUCAACGAGUACCUCGACAACAUGCUUACAACUGCAGGAGCAUACUCCAAAGGUGCUUCUGAGCUAUUUCGCGCAAACCUUGCUGGACGCUCAUCUUGUGGCUUUCGCUUACAAUGCCAACGGAUUGGUGCUCGGAUGCACGAUAAAUUUCACAUCGAUAAUGUGCUUCCGGUAGUUGCUUGGCUUGAGCGAUACGGAUACAGUGGGCCAGUAUCAGCAGGAACAGACCAGACGGUAUGCGUGAAGGCGCUUCGUUACAACAACAGCUGUUUGGUUGGUGUAGAAGGUGGUGAUGUCGAAGUUUCCAAUCUCGAACACCUAGAGAAGUUGGUGGAGCAUGCAGUUCAAGGAGAUCACCUGUGUAAGAAGCUACCUUUAUCUCAGAUUCGAGCAUACACUCUACAGGUCCCUCUUCCGAACGUUCCUACAUUUGUGGUGGCUUUGAUUUCUAGUCGUGAGGAUGAGUCUGCUGAGGAUAUCAAGGCUCAGCACCUUCAGUUCAUUGAUCUACUUGAAUCUGUUGGAAUUCGACUCAUCUCGUUGGGGUCUGAUGGUGCAGCAUCUGAAGUGCUCGCACAAGAGUUACUUGUCAACUCGGCGACAGAACAUUUGGAGUUCUCAGCUCCCAAACUCAGUGUCAACAUACGUGUUCCACUUCUAGGGGCCUCGAAACGACCAGUUGUAGUAGUACAAGAUCCUAAACAUGCUAGGAAGACAGCUUCAAAUCAACUACUUUCUGGGGCGCGUUUCUUAGCUUUUGGACGAUUCAACGUCAACCUUGACCAGCUCCUCACUUUGCUCCAAACUGAAGAGUGCCCACUUGGCUAUAAAGAUGUAUUAAAUACAGAUAAGCAAGAUGAUGGGCGAGCUUACCGAACUUUCAGCGAGGACACUUUCAAGGCUGCUUGUGCACAGCCAGAUUGUCUUGGUCUGGUAUUGUAUCUCUACAUAUUUGGCGAGCUUGUUGAUUCUUGGUUGAACCAGAGCAUGCCACACCGAGAAAGGAUUAUUUCAAGUUAUACGGCAGUCUUUUUUGUACGAAAGUGGAAGGCAUAUCUACUCAAACGUCAAAAGGAAUCAGGGAGCUUGAUGAAUUUAUCCUCAAACUGUAUCUCACAUCAAAGCAUCCGAAUAUUUGAAAAGCUUGGUGAGAGUCUCUUGGGACUCAUCAUUUCUCACCGUGACCACUACCCUACGCACCCGCUAAUGCCCUGGAAACAUGGCACUGAGUGUUGUGAGCACAUCUUUGGAUGGAUGCGGGUAAUUUCUCCAACUUUUACUGUAUUAGACGCAAGGCAGAUGAUGCCAAAGAUAUUUGCUGUGAUAAAGAGCAUCAUGAGUGGGCAUAUCACAUUACCCAUGAGUGAGAAUCUGCACGCAGGCUACAAACACGAUUUCUCACCCAAUAACACUCACGAUUUCAGCUACAUCCUCAGUCAGUAUCCCAGCAACAGCGAAAUCAAUGAACUACUUGAGCUCGCGGAAUCUCGGGCAGAAGAACUAGCAGCUUUUUCUGGCAUGACAACAAACAAUUCAGCAGCACCACUCAACAACUUCACAUCUGAGGAGGCCUGUGGUGAACAUGAGCUUGAUGUAUCUGUAUCAAUACACAAACGAUCUUACCUGAACUAUCCUUUUGAACCUGAAACAAUCACUGUUGAACAGGCAUUAGAAACUGCAGCGGGAUUGACAAGCCAGCACCAAGAAACCGAUGUACUGAUGUCUCAAAUAACUGUGAACUUGGAAGCUCUAGCACUCGAAGUCCCCACCGAUAACAUGAUACAACAGACUACAACCAAUCAGCUACUAGAACCAUAUGUGACUCCUUCGACUACGUCAGAAGCUCUGGUGAAAUCAGAUGGGACUUUGCACAUUGACCAAAUGCUGUCCAAAAGACACGCACAUGACAGUCAAGUCAAAAAUCAUCACGGUCCAGAGAAACCACGUAUCACAUCAAAAGAUUUACCUGUCCCGCAGUACGAUCCAGACACCGGCCACGAAGUUUUGUUGCCGAGUCAAUACAGUAAAGCAGUUUCCUUCUUCUGGCGUUCGCACGAGGAUCCAGAGUACGGUGAAGCCCGUAAACAUCGGUGGAGAACCCUUGGAAAGCGCAAGUCGCGUGAACUAACAAACAAGCAACCUGACAUAAAUGUUGCAGAAUCAGGUGUAGGAUCACAAGUCCGGGAUGUAGACGAAGUAGAUCAUAGACCAGAUCAAAUCUUCGGAAUGGGUGCAAUAACAGCCACAAAUCCUCUUACUAAAAACAAAUGGGUUGUAGUUAUAAAGCAAGAUCAGUACUUCUACCUUGGCCAGGUUCUGGCUGUGUUUGAGCAUCACUCAGGAAAGCACGCGUGGAUUGCAGAGGCUCAUUCACGCGAAAAGGUAUCCUACAUCUCACUUAAGAUCUAUCAGUACAAGCCAGGUCAAGCAAUUAUUCAAGCAGCUCAUAAUGAGGAGCUUCCGAAUGAAUUUACCUUCAGUCAUCUUCCUGCAAAAUAUAUUGCGUACAUCUUCACACCACAACAUGAUGAAUCAGUCUUCUUGUUACUUGAAUCUGGUCAUUAUCGAGUGCCUUCUUUGCUUGAUUAUUUGAUUGCUAGUCGUCCUGCGUGGCAACGGCUGUUCUCGCCUCAAGGCGUCAAAAAAUCUUCUCAUAGGCGAAUGAGGAAGGCUGUGGAAAACGAUUUGUAG